AACACUUCUCAGUCUUCUUCAACUCUCAUAUUGUUCGGUUCUGUUUGGACUUCAGCGCGAACCUUCAGUCCAUCACGGUGUCUUGUGUGGAUCAGUCAAAUGCACACCGCGCUCACAAAUCUCAUACAAUUUACCUACUUCGAGUGAUUGGUGACUUUUUUUGUGUGUUUGUAUAGCAAGUACAUCCACGAGUCUUUUACCAAAAAAAAAUCAAAUAAAUAAAAUAAAGAAAAAGAGGUGUUGCAAAAAAAAAGCCCCUCUGUGGCACACAUCAAAAGGCGCGUAAACGAAGUGUUUUGAGAGGUGAUUCCCGUGUGGAAAAAAAGUCACAAAGUUGUUUUGAGUUUUUUUUUGAGCCUGCACAGGAAAAAUUUAAACCCCAAAUAGUAACUUGCUGAACCACCAGUGUGAUUGCGGAAAAGGUGAACAUUGUGAGCUUUUGGGUAUUUAUUUCCCGCGCGCUUACCUUUCACCUUAAAUCAACGUGUUGGACAAAAUUCGUGAAUCCCUGGGCUAAAAGUUGGGGCAUACACACAUUGUAUAACAGAGAGCAAGAGCAGUGUGUGAAGCAAGACAUGAGAAGUGCAAGUGAUUGUCUGGUUAAAUAGAAGUUGCAAAAAAAACAAGUGUGGAAGAGAGACUCCCAAUUCCCGGAGGCUGUUCGUAGAGCUUUCGUAAGAUUUUAAUAAUAUAAAUCGUGUAAAGGGAGAGAGAGGUAAGAAUAGUAGGGCAAAAAAAGUGCGGACAGCUUCUGUGUGGGUGUUGAGUGCUUCAUUAGGAGAGGUGCAAAAUGCAGCACCAUCCAGGUUCGUGGUACUUGCCCUGGGGGGUACCACUGCAGAAGAUGCUGGUGCCACUGCACCCAUCACCGGCGGGAUUUCAUCCACAAGCAGCAGCUGCAGCCGCGGCCGCACAAUCGGGUGCCGUGCAGGUGUCUGCAGCUACGCAGCAGGCAACACAACAGCAAAACUACCAGCAUAUCCAUCCGGCUGCUGCACUACAUCAUCCCUCGGCGGGUUUGCAUCAGCCACCAAUGCACCCGGCAGCAGCUGCUGCAAUGUUCACACCCAUCUCACUGAGAACCUUCCUGGGACCAUCGCACAAUCUCAGCCUUGGGCAGCAGACACUCUCGGGAACGGUUCAGGCCACUCAGCCGCCGCCGCCACUUUCCAGCCAAACAACCACCCAAAUGGCUGGUAUUAAUCUCAACGUGGGCGUCGUUCCGGUGCGCCAGAAUGCUCCAUCCGGUGUCGCCAGCAACGGCCUCCUCAUGCCCAUAAAGAAGAUAAUUCCGGGUGAUAAGGAGAAAUCGAAACUUGUUGCCACAGAGAAGCGUAAAGCUGAUGAUGUUGAGCAACUCAAGGAUCUCAAGAAGGCCAAGCUGGAAACAAAGGCACUAAAAGCUAAGCGACCAGGUUUUACUGAUGAAAGAUAUCACGAAACCUCCUACUACAUUGAAAGUGGUUUGAGAAAAGUGUAUCCGUAUUACUUCACAUUCACCACCUUCACGAAGGGACGGUGGGUGGGUGAACAGAUACUCGAUGUCUUCGCACGGGAAUUUCGUGCACAUCCAGCUGAAGAAUAUGAAAGAUGUAUCAAAGCUGGCACAUUAACUGUUAAUUAUGAAAAAGUGCCCACAGACUAUAGAUUGAAGCACAAUGAUUUAUUAGCUAAUAUUGUUCAUAGACAUGAAGUACCAGUCACUAGUCAACCAAUCACAAUAGUGCAUAUGGACGAUGAUAUUGUGGUUGUGAACAAACCAGCAUCAAUUCCUGUUCAUCCGUGUGGUCGAUAUCGUCACAAUACGGUGGUCUUCAUUCUGGCCAAGGAGUAUAACCUGAAGAACUUGAGGACGAUCCAUCGUCUUGAUCGACUCACAUCGGGACUCCUUCUCUUUGGUCGGAGCCCCAAGAAGGCACGUCAAAUGGAACAUCAAAUCCGGAAUAGGCAGGUUCAGAAGCAGUACGUCUGCCGAGUUGAGGGUGAAUUCCCAGACGGCGUGAUCGAAUGCAAGGAACCCAUUGAGGUGGUAAGCUACAAAAUCGGUGUGUGCAAGGUGUCACCGAAAGGGAAGGAGUGUACGACGAAAUUCGAGAAGUUGGGCUUCAACGGGAAAUCCAGUGUGGUCCUGUGUAAACCACAAACCGGUCGCAUGCACCAAAUCCGUGUGCAUUUGCAGUAUUUAGGCUAUCCGGUAAUUAAUGAUCCAUUGUACAACCAUGAGGUGUUCGGACCGGCCAAGGGGCGCGGAGGCGACAUUGGUGGCAAGUCGGAUGAACAACUGGUGAAGGACUUGAUAAAUAUCCACAAUGCGGAGAAUUGGUUGGGUAUCGAUGGUGACUCGGAAAUGUCACUGUUCAAAUCCAUGAAACCAGAUGCUGAGGAUGGUGGUGUAUUGGGCUGUGGUAAAGGAAACAUCCUGAGUGACGACGACUGCGAAACUGUGUCAAGAGAGGCGUCACCAUGUUCAGAGAGUCCCAGGCCAUUAUCGCACGGAAGCGAGAGUCCCCAUGAAAGUGUCUGUUUGUCCACCACCCUGGCGACGGCAUCGCAGAAUUCGCCUCCAGCCUCCGUAAGCGCCCACAUGAAGAGGACACAGGCAAAGGUAACAGUAGCCACACAGACUGGUCAUGAAUCACCGGACCUCACAUUCAAUCCUGAUAAGAUGACAGUCGAUAAACACUGCUACGAGUGCAAAGUUCGCUACAGGGACCCAAAGCCGCAGGAUCUUGUGAUGUAUUUGCAUGCAUGGAAGUACAAGGGUCCUGGCUGGGAGUAUUCUACGGAACUUCCGGAAUGGGCUUCUUCGCAGUGGAUGGAGGAUGAGUAAGAGAAUGUGGAUGUGGACGCGCGGGAGCCAUAUGGCGAAAUAAUUGCGGCGCGACUGAAACCACAGCACAUAAUUAAAUUAUAAUUAAAUAUCGCUAUUACGCAUAAAACACAUACAAAAAAAAUCUUCUAUAUUAUUAGAUUGAUAUUAAUGGCAAAAAGACAUUUUUACAUGGAAAAAUAUUUUAUUUUUCACGCCCCUCAAUUGAUUUUUUUUAUUACUAUUAUUCUCUUAUUUCUUUAAUCAUCUUAUUAGUUUUUUCUUAUUAUAUAUUUUGAAUGAAGAAAAAAAAGUAAAAAAAAAUAUUCUUCCAUAAUAUUUUGUAAAGACGCCAUGGCGUUGGAGUGCAGCAAGAAAAAAAAAAGAUUAUGAAGAUGAAAAAAGACAAUAUUGAUAGUUUGUAAAUAUUUUUUGAUACGAUAUAAGAAGAUGACAUUUUAGACACCCAUCUAUACUAUCCUUGCGCGAAAUAUUCUCUCAAAUUCCCAUUGCAAUCUUCGCAUCAUCCUUGCAUUGUCGGAGGUCCUCCACCCUCUGGUACACGUGCAAUGAAAAAUCCCCACGUGUUGGCAGGAAGAACACGAAGAAUUUGCGAUGGGAUUAUCAUUAAAAAAAAAUCUUCAAAACAAAGGCAUUAUAUUCGUAGAAAAUAGUUUUUAAAGAAAAAGAAAAUCUGUAGAUUUUAAGGGGGGAAGUAAACACAGAAAAUAUUUAAGAGAAAAUCUUACUAUAAAACUAUAUUAUAUAAAAUAUUACUGAUAAUAAUAAUGGCAGGUAAUUAUACUGAUGAUAAAUAUUUAGCAGAGAAAAAAAAGAGAUUUAAAAGCAACACAGCAGAGGGAUUUUCCAUGGAGGAACGAGGACACUUUUUAAUGCGAUGGAAAAUUCACACGAAAAAUCACGUUGAAAUUUUAAUUAAUUUGCACACGGAGAAGUUUUUUGCACAACAAACUCCUGUUUGUUAUUUUAAUUUUAAUUGUUUUUAAUUAAAAUAAUAAACAAUUAAAUUAUUUUUCUAUUUAAAUACUCCCGGCGGGUGGUUUUGAAUUAAUAAGAGAUGUUAAAUGUUUUUUUUUUUUAAAUCAAAUCAUUUUGAAAUGAAAUUGAACAGAAAAUUAAUGAAUCGAAUGUAAUUUGAAACUCUUAAUGGUUUUAUUUUUUAAAUCAAAUCACUUUCAAAUCAAGGGGUGUUUAUCUGAAUUAAUUUAUUCGGGUCUUUGGUCAUAUUCAGAAUAUUCGCUAAUAUUCUAAUAAUUCACCAAAGAAAUCAAAAUACUGGUUUUAAGUUUCAAAAUGGCUCAGAUAGAGGAGUAAAAGUGUAAAAAAUAUUUAAUUUAAGCAUAAAAAGGACUAAAAUCAAGCAGAACAAUGGUAAAUUCAACCCGAAAAUUGAUAAAUUCAGCCCUAAAAAAAAAUAAGUUCAAGCAAAAAAAAUUUAUUUGCUGUUUAGCCCUACAAAGGCAGAAAUUGAAAGGGUUAAAAAAAUUUUCAAUUAAAGUCUAAAGUGGUCUAAAAUAAAGCCGAAAAAUUGUAUACUCAACCCUAAAAGGGGCUAAUUUUUCCGAUUCUUAUACCGUUUUGAGUUAUUUGCUUUUUUUUAGCAAUAGAUGUUAUGUGUGUAAAUUAAAAUAUUAAAAACCAAAAUAUUUAUAAAUAAAUACCCCUUGUUUGAAAUAAAAUUGAAUUGAAAGUUAAUGAAUCGAAUGUAAUUUGAAGCUCUUAAUGGAUUUUUUAUUUUAGCUCUUUUUUAAUGCUUCAAUUUGGAAGUAAAAAAAAGGAGUUUAUUCAAUCCUUCAGCAUUAUUUCAUUCGAUUAAAUUAAAAAUAAAUUCUUCAUCGAAAAAAAAAAGAAUAAAUUUCUUCCAGCGCAAAAUUUCUCUACUGAGAGCUUUUACAUCUCUGAUAAAAAAAAUGAAGAAGAAAAAAAUAUCAAAUUUAUUGUGGUUUACCUUAAAUGCAGGGUCCAUAAUUUACACACACGCAUAACGUGCGAUAAAAAAGGAAGACAAAAACAAUGUUUUAAGCAGAAACUAUUUAGAUAUUUACACGGAAACAGAGUAAAUUUACCUGCAUUUUUUAAUUUAUACAUUUUUCCUUUAUUUUUUUUUCACAACAUAAAAAAUGUUUUGUGACUCAUAAGAAAAAUUUAUGCGAUGAAAAAAAAUGUUAGAGAGACCAAAGCUUGUGUGAAAGACAAAGGAGAAGAAAAAUAAUAUUUAAAAGGACUUUUUUGUACACAGAAAGCAAAAAAUAAGAGGAAAGAAAGGAGAAAACAUUUGUAAUCAAAUAUCAAUCAUUUCAUAUCACCUGGCUAAGAAAAAAAAAUGGCGCAAAAGUCAAAAUGCCCCUCAAUCAAUCACACGCAAAAAGAGGCGCGUGGGUGGUGCGUGAAUCCCGAAGGAAUAUUGCGAAAGUAUCCUCCUGGGAAUUUUUUUCGCUAUGCGUUAGAGUUCCUCCCAAAAACCUUCUCCCCUCCUGCCAAAAGCAGAGAAGUUUCAAUGUGUGUAUUAAUACAGACAAAGUUGUGGGUGGAUUUUUAUGAUGAUUGAGGGACUUCAGGCGAGAAAAUCAAAAUUGAUAGCGCCAUGCCCCAAAAAAAAAGAAGAAAUGAUCCCGUAAGAAAUAAAGGCAAACGAAAAUGCAAAAAAGACACAAAAAUCUUCACUUAGUUCGUAUUCUUACAUUAAUACAUGAUGCAUAAUAAAAUAGAGGAAAUCAUUUUUUUUUAAUGCUUUUCGCAGCAUUAAUUCCUCUUUCAAUACAAGAAGGGAAAGAGAAGGAGAAAAACCAACACCAAAAUCAUAAAAGUACACUCAUAAAAAAAAUAUUACACUGUUAUAGAAAUGAAGAAGAAGUUAUAAGAAAAUAUUUGACUAUUUUAGUGAUUAAGAUUUAAAAAAAAAACCUUUCAAUCAAAUAAUAUUAGGAUGCUUUUUUGUCACGAGCAUGGUGGGAUAUAUAUUAGCUAUUAAGGGAUUUUCUAUUAUAAAAAAAAGUGAAGAAGCAAAGUGAAAAAAAAUGUGAGAUACUGAUUUGUACAAUAAUGUUAAGUCGCAGCGAGAAAGACAAGAUUACAAUAAGAUAAAUACAAAAAAAAAUUCGGGGGAAGGGUUAAACAAAAAUAUCUGUGGAAGUGAAGGAUCAUGAGGAAGAAAGAAAAUUAACAAAUCGAAAAAAACUCUGAUAAUUUGAAGGAAAAUCGAGAGAAUCGCAUUGGAAAGGAGAGGAAGCUUUCUGAUCUGAUGUUUUCCUGAAGUAUAUUCCUUAAAAUUUGUUUCUUUCUUUAGAAAUUAAUUUUUCUUCUUUAGUUUCUUCAGUUUCUUUUGUCUUAAUUCUCGCUCUAAAUAUUCCUUAAUCUUAUGUUUGUUUUUAAUACCUUUUUCUUCUUCUCUCAUUUGCUACUAUUUCAUCGAACAUCUCUGUAAAUUGCACGCAACUCUUGCAAAUUUUCCUUUAAAGGUAAAAUCUAAAUCUCUUCCUCUUUCAAUGGGAUUCUUUUGCAUUUUCUUCCUGUUAUUUAUAAAAAAAAGCUGUGCUUCUUUUAAGAAAGAAUCACAGCUAAAAAGAAUAAAAUGCGUAAAUUCACUCUGAAAUAGACAUUUUGUGCCUUGAUGAAAAAAAAAAAGCCCAAAGAAACCCUUUGCUGGUAAUAAAAAAAAUCAUGCGAUUUUCAUCGCAUAAACUUUCAAGAAAAUCCAAAAGUAAAAAAAAAAUAAAUAAAAUAGUGAAAGUCGCGCGCGGGGAUUUUGCAGAAGAAAACAAAGCUUAAAAAGAAAAUAUUUGUUUGAUUGUAAUCGAGAUGAGAAGAGAAUUAUUAAGUGAAAAAAAAAGAGUUGCAUAAAAAAAGUGAUAUUGAAAAAAUAUAUUAAAACAAAGAGAGAAGAAUCUUGCUAGAAGAUUACAUUUUAAUCAUUAAAAUUAAUAUCUUAUAUAGAGAAAGAAUAAAACACGAAAACUGUGGUUUGCAUGGAAAAUCAAAGAGGUUUUUAGACAAAAAAAAAAGAAGAAGUAAAUGAAACACGUGUAAAUUCAUCGAGCUUUUAUCAAAUAUUUAUUAACUUCUUUACUUAGAACAGAAAACUAUAUAAAGUGGAAGAUAGUGAAGAAGAAGAAGAAAUCACAGGAAAUUAAUUUACAAGAAAAAAGACAAAUUGAAGAAAAAGGACUUAAAGGACCUCUGAGACACACGCAAACAAGGAUUUCAUUAAUCGAAUGUUUUUUCAUGAAGAAGAAAAAUUAGAAGAAAUGAAUUUUAUCGCAAAAACUCCUAAUUAAAAAAAAAUACAAAAAUGUGAUGAAACAUUUAGUAGAGAGAGAAAUGAGAGAAUUUAUGUAGAGAAAAAUUUAACAAACUUCCCGACAAGAAGCGUCAAAGUUGUUUUUUUUUUUUUUGAACUCUUCUGAUUAAUAAAUGAACUUCUUUAAAGAAAAUAAAAAUUGAGAAAUAAGCGAAAGGAUUUUCUCAUGAAAAGAAAAUGAGGAAGAAAAAAAGGAUACAAUAUACGUGUAAAUAAAUUUGUAGACAAGACACGGGGUAGGGUGAGAAGAAUAGGAGAAAAGAGAGAAUUUUAUGUCCUGUUGCACAGCUCAAGUGUUUUAUUUACUUAUCUAGUUUAUUCGACGUACGUGUAAAUAAUUUUACGCUAUACUACCGACUUUUUUGUCUGUAAGUAUUGUUCCCAUUCGCCCACAUAGCAAACAAUUUUAUCAAGAAGAAAAAAACCCACAAAAUUGUCUGAAAGUCGACCAAAUCACGGAAAAUUCACUUUUCUUCUCUCAUUUUGCACAAGUGCAAUCAAAGGGGUUUGUCAUUGAAUGGAUGAAGUACUUCUUUCUUUUUUUCCUUAAAGUAUUAUACUCAGAAAUUAUUUUUUAAGCAACUUGUAGAAAAUAAAAAAAAAGUUGUGGUGCUAUACAUAUGAAUUUUGAAAUCUGGGAAAAUCAGCAUCCUGAUUUGGUCAUUUUGUGUUUAUUACUUUUUCCCUUUCUGUCGCAAUUUUAUGGCAUUUUUCUUUUAUUUCAUGUCUUCUUGCUUCAACUUGUGAAUUUCAAAUCUUCUGUCUAUUCUUCACCUUUGCCAACGAGCUGAAUUUUUUUAUUCCAAUUGAUCUUUUUCUAUCUUCGCUACGCCCCUGCUUUGCCAACAUUAGGAGCAUAUUGGUCGAAAAGAGAGCGAAAAUCAUCAAAAAUGUCAAAAUGUUGAUUUUUUUUUCAAAUUUCAAAUGUAUAGCAUCAUAAAGUUGAUUAAGCUAGAUUUAAAUUUUUUUUUCUGAGCUCUAGUAUUUUCAAAAAAUUUUUAAGAUUUCAAAACGAAACAUUUCUUUUUAAAAUAUAUUUUUAUUUAAAUUAUUUUAAAAAAUUACACAAAAAACUAAAGAACAAUUUUUCCGUGCAAUGACAAACCCCUUUUCUCCGCUGCAAUACAAGAGAGGCUCCUGAAAGGGGGUUGAAUUUCGUGAAAACUCUGUUUUUUUUGUGAAACUUCAUGAAAAGCCUUAUAGGAAAAGAAAAAGUGUAUAGUUACAGCAAUUUUCACGUUAAUGGAAAAUGAAGGAAAAUGCAUGUAGAAAAUUUUUCAUCCGCUUGUAGUUUUACUUUUUUUUUUGUUGCUCUUUUUUUACAGCAAAGUUAUUUUGCACAACAGAAACAGAUCAACAUAUCCCAAGAAAAAGAAAGUUUAAUAAAAAAUCAUCAUCAAUCCCAAAAGGAAAAAAAAACUGCAUUGAUGGACAUGAAGAAGAAAAAAAAUUAGAGAGAAACGUGUUGUACAACAUUUAUUAUUUCAGAAUGGAAGGAUUACAUAGAAUAAAAGAAAAUAUAAUAUUUUUAGGCGCUUUUUUCAUUCAAACACAAAAGAGUAAAAAAUAAAUAAAUAAAUCCAAUUCAUUGAUUUACGAUGGAAUGAAAAAAAAAAGACGAUGAGAAAGGUAAAUAAAAAUUACGAAAGAAGCUUUUGUGAGAACAAGAUAAGAACAAAAAAAAAGAGAAUUCUCACAAGAAUGAUGACUUUGGAGUGAUUUUUUGGUAGUUGUUUGUGUUGCAAAAGAGCAUGAGAGCGGGAUGGCGAGUGUGUGUAUACAUUUAUUAAAAAAAAAUGAUGAAGAAGAAAAAUAAACAUUUAAAGGGAAUGAGAAGGAUAAAAAAAAAUUUAAUUGUAAAACCCACGUAGAUAAAGACAAUUUAAUAAAAUUUUGAUUUAAUGUGA